AUGUCUAUCGAUGAUUUUGAGCUUCGAAACAUUGCAGAGCCAAACAAGAUUGAGACACCAUGGUCUCAUCCAUUGCCGCCGGCUCCUCGUCACUCUGUCACAUCGCACAUACCUGGGUGGAAGGCGUUAGUGAAGCUUUCGGAGCGUGAUCCUGCCCAUCUGUCCAAGAUAGUCAGCAUCUAUCCACGUAUCCUGCUUCAUAGGGAUUGUGCCCUGCUUGUUGAGAAGAUCACAAAGCUCUGUGGGCUGGAUCCUGACGAGUACACUUGUUUUCUGUUCCCACGACUGCAAGUGGCACAAGCGUGCGUCACCUACAUCACUAGCCCUAAUCGGACCGACGGCAAGGAAACCGUUGUCCCUUCGACAGUGUCCAUCCGGGCUUUUGGAAGCAACACAAUCAACCAUGGCAAGCUACAUUUUUUCGCUGUGAUUUUCCCGGUGCGAAGCUUGGGCCACGUUAUGCCUUGGUGGUCAGAUACCGGCGUUGGGAUUUCAAGCCGUUUUGCCGAAGAUGUGCUCAACAACCCGGCCGCUCUGCAAGAGGUUUCUCUCUCGACCGCAUCCGAAUGCAAGGGACAGCUGGAAACGCCUCACCAGGUGCUUCGUGAGCGGAUAGCUUACCUAGUGGAGCGUUCUCCUGUGACAACGAGAGAGAAACAGGUCCAGGCCUCAGACGUCUAUUUAUUCCAAUCAGGAAUGGCGGCUAUCUACAAUGCCCAUCAUCAUCUUCAACGCUUGGCAAAGAGCAGCGAAUGCAAGAGCGUCAUAUUGGGAGUUUCCUUCUACGAAACUAGGCAUGUUCUCAAGAAAUACGGUACUGGAUUAGAGUUCUUCCCCACUGGCGCCGAUGUGCAUGCAUUGGAGGAGUUCCUCAGGAACGAAAAAGCCCAAGGGCGUCCUGUCUUGUCGCUUUGGACAGAAUACCCCAGCAACCCACUUUUGUUCACUCCUAAUCUGAUCCAUCUGCGGCGACUGGCAGAUGAGCUAGGCUUUGUCUUAGUCGUCGAUGACACGAUUGGUGGAUUUUGCAACAUUGAUGUCCUUCCCGUUGCAGACAUCAUUGUCACCAGCCUGUCUAAAACCUUCAGUGGCUAUGCGGAUGUCUUGGGUGGUAGCGUCAUCCUCAAUCCAUCAAGCCGGCUAUACGAGAAUUUCAAGCACCAAUUCAAUCAGGAAUACGUCAAUGAUCUAUAUAUUCGCGACGCCGAGGCCCUGAGACACAACAGCGAGGACUAUCUCCAUCGAUCGACCAUCACCAACUCUAAUGCAAAAAUGGUGACAGACUGGCUGUACAAACGAUCGAAGGAUGAACGCAGCAGCAUCAGAAAUGUGUUCUACCCCAGUAUCCCACAUACAGGAGGACAAGGAAAUUACCAAAUCUUCAUGCGACCCCCCACAGUGAGCUUCACGCCGGGAUACGGGUGUCUCUUCAGCAUUGAAUUCAAAUCUCAAAAGAGUGCCGUUGCUUUCUACGACAAUCUUCAUGUGUACCAUGGUCCUCAUCUCGGUGCGCAUAGGACGCUUGCUCUAGGGUAUACGUAUCUCAUUUACGGUGCUGAGGAAGAGUUGAAGAUGGCUGAUCUGGGCCUCUCCCCAGCACAAAUCAGGGUUUCAGUCGGAAUGGAGGAUGCGGAUACUUUGCUACAUAUCUUCAAGUAUGCAAUCAUGAAGGCAGACCAAUCUGAGAAGUCGAAAUAG